AUGGAAUUAAUUGCUUUGAAUUGCCCCGCAGUGGUGAUCGCCGAGAACAUGCACGGCGCCGCCAUGUACGAGCUGGUGCGCGUGGGCCACGACAAGCUCGUGGGCGAGAUCAUCAAGCUGGAGAACACGAACGCGUCCAUCCAGGUGUACGAGGACACGUCCGGCCUGACGGUGGGCGACCCCGUGGAGCGCCGCAAGCAGCCGCUGUCCGUGGAGCUCGGGCCGGGCAUCGUGGACAACAUCUUCGACGGCAUCCAGCGCCCGCUGCACGCCAUCAGCGACCUGGCCAAGGACGUGUACAUCCCGCGCGGCGUGGACGUGGCGUCGCUGAACGCCGACAAGAAGUGGCGCUACAAGCCCGUCAACUUCCGCGAGGGCGACCCCAUCUCGGGCGGCGACAUCUUCGGCCUCGUGCACGAGAACGACAUCCUGCACUCGCACAAGAUCAUGUGCCCGCCCAACGUCUUCGGCACCGUGGUCAAGAUCUACGGCGCCGGCACCGACAACAACGAGUCCUUCACGCUCAGGGACACGGUGCUCGAGGUGCGCGACGACACCACGGGCGUCACACACAAGCUCGGCCUCUCGCACAUGUGGCCCGUGCGCAAGCCGCGCCCCGUGGCCGAGAAGCUGGCUGGCAACGUCGCGCUGACCACGGGCCAGCGCAUUAUCGACGCGCUGUUCCCGUCCGUGCUGGGCGGAACGUGCGCCGUGCCCGGCGCCUUCGGAUGCGGCAAGACGGUCAUCUCGCAGGCUCUGUCCAAGCACUCCAACUCGGACGCCAUCGUGUACGUGGGCUGCGGCGAGCGCGGUAACGAGAUGGCCGAGGUGCUGAACGACUUCCCCGAGCUCACGAUGACGAUCAACGACCGCGAGGUGCCCAUUAUGAAGCGUACGACGCUGGUGGCCAACACCAGUAACAUGCCCGUGGCCGCCCGUGAGGCCUCCAUCUACACGGGUAUCACGCUGGCCGAGUACUUCCGUGACCAGGGCAUGAACGUGUCCAUGAUGGCCGACUCCACGAGUCGUUGGGCCGAGGCUCUGCGUGAAAUCUCGGGUCGUCUGGGUGAGAUGCCUGCUGAUAGCGGCUACCCCGCCUACCUGGGCGCUCGUCUGGCCGCCUUCUACGAGCGUGCCGGUCGCGUGGCGUGUCUCGGUAGCCCCAAGCGUGAGGGCAGUGUGACUGUCGUGGGCGCCGUGUCACCCCCCGGUGGUGACUUCUCGGACCCCGUGACGGCCGCCACUCUGAGUAUCGUGCAGGUCUUCUGGGGUCUGGACAAGAAGCUGGCCCAGCGCAAGCACUUCCCGUCCGUCAACUGGCUCAUCAGCUACACCAAGUACAUGCGCGUGCUGGAGCCGUUCUUCAACAAGAUCGACCCGGAGUACUCGACGCUGCGCACCAAGUGCCAGGAGAUCCUGCAGAAGGAGGACAACCUGACGGAGAUCGUGCAGCUGGUGGGCAAGGAGUCGCUAUCUGAGGACCAGAAGGUGAUCAUGGAGGUGGCCAAGAUCAUCCGCGAGGACUUCCUGCAGCAGAACGCCUUCUCGGACUACGACUUCACGUGUCCGCUGGUCAAGAGCGUGGGCAUGCUGCGCUCCAUCAUCCUCUUCUACAAUCUGAGCCAGAAGGCCAUCGCCGACUCGCCGCCCGACGCCAAGGUCACGUGGGCGCAGAUCAAGACGUCUAUGAACCCCGUGCUGCAGAAGAUCAUCCAGACCAAGUUCCAGCUGCCUAAGCAGCCCGAGGCCGAGCUCAAGGCCUUCUUCAGCGGCCUGGACGAGGAGGUGGAGCAGGCCUUCCAGACGCUCUCGGACUAA